AUGGCUCUGCUGGCGAUCAAAGUUGAAUACAAGACGAUAGAUGGCAUUACCCUACGAGGAUUGUUGCACCCUACGGGUGUGAAAUCACCUGCCAUUAUCAUGACACAUGGAUUCAACUGUGUCAAAGAAAUGCUCUUGCCAGAGAUAGCUCGAAGAUUCCAGGGUAUAGGUUAUAACGCAUUGAUCUAUGAUCCUCGAAGUAUCGGAGACAGUGACAGACUUCCUAGAAAUCAGAUUAGCCCAUUACAACAAGCCAAAGAUUUAUCAGACAUUAUAACACACAUCUCACCAUUGCCAGACGUUGACUCACGUCGAAUCAUACUUUGGGGUAUGUCCUUUGGAGCGACUGUAAGCGCUUGCACAGCAGCUGUGGAUAGGCGAGUUAAGGCACUCGUGAUGGUGUGUCCCAUUUUUAGCUUCUAUCAGCCAGAGAAGCGAGAAACUGUUUUUGCACAACUCAUCAGGGAUCGAAAACCGCAACUGCGAGGUAAUGAAGCAUUCACAUUACCUCCAUUUAAUAGCAAAGGAGAAAAUCCAAUGGGGUUUUGGGGAUCAGGGGGGGCCGGCGGAAUGGAAGCAUACAGCUUCAUGUCCGCAGUCAUCGAUCACGGUGCCCCCAAUUUUGCGAUCGUAUCACUCUACAAACAUACCAGAAACUUGCCCGAAUUAGACGAUAUUUCGUCGCCCGAAGAACAGAUUGAAGCUUUUGGGCUCUUAGCAGGCCCAAAAACCCUGUAUGUAACGAAGGAAAAAGGACAUUUGACUGUUCUUAGUGGAGAUAAGGGCUAG